UGUUAUUGUCAAUGGCUCAAGGGCGCAGCGGCAGCUGAUUUCAAUUGGAUUGCACUUGAAAUGCAAUGGAUAUUUAAUUUAAUUACGUAUACGUAACAGCUACGCUACGUUACGUAUACGUACGAGUUGGCAGGCACAUCUGAUAGACGGAGCAACAAUGGCUAAUUCAGUGUCAUAAAUCUGCCCAAGCGCAGGCACGAAUCCGCGCUGACGAACUGUCAACCAGACGAACUGGCGAUCCACAUCAACAUAAAUCGCACAAAGAUGCUGCCCGGCUCAGAAUAUUCAUCCGCUAUAAAUGCCUGCUGCUCGACGACUGGGGCUUGCAGUUUGUUCUGACGAGUGGAGGCGCUUGCAGGCAAGAGCCUUAAGGAUUCGAUAGACAAGCAGCAACUGGGAGCUCAUUUUCGCCAUGCUGGUAGAACGUUACGCCGCCGUCUUGGCAGUUUUCCUGCUGCUUUGGAGCGGAAGUGGAGCACAGUUGCAGGUACAGGCACAGAGUGGCUAUAACUAUGUGCGCCCGGAGCUGGCCACCACAGCGGGUGGCGGAGCUGUUGCGGCUCGUUUACAGCCAGGCGCCUACCCCACGGGCACGGCGGUUCCCCUGACGCCUGCGCCGGCCACCGCCUAUGGGGGCGGACUGUUUCCCUCUCCAGCUGUGGGCUAUACGCCCAGUGGACAGGCAACGACUGCGUUUGGGGCACCUGCAGCUGCUGUGGGCAGCACCGUCAAUCUGCCCAGACGCCCCACUGGCUCUGGUCUACAGGGUGUAUCCACUACAGCGCGUGGCGGUCCGUAUGGCCCACAGACGCAGUACAGCAACACUGCUGUUGGCUCGUCGGGACAACGUGCGUCUGCUGGAGACGAUUACUCCGACGGCGCCGACGGCGACUACUCGGCCAUACCUGGUGUGGCUGGCGUAGACUAUCCCGUGUAUGCCCAAGUGCCGCGCACCAACUUCGACUGCGCCCAGCAGCCCCUGCCCGGCUACUAUGCGGACAUCGAAGCUCAAUGCCAGGUCUUCCACAUUUGCGCACUGAAUCGCACCUACUCCUUCCUGUGCCCCAACGGAACUGUGUUUAGCCAGGAGACGCUAGUCUGCGUCUGGUGGAAUCAAUACGACUGCGUCUCGGCGCCCAGCCUGUAUGCCAACAAUGCCUACAUCUACGACUAUAGUGGUACCAGCUCCAGUUCCAGCAAUGUCAAUCUGAAUGCCAAUGUCUACCGCUCUGGCUCUCAGCCGGUGAAUACGGCCUAUGGUGGAGUUGCUCCGUCGUCCGCGCCAGGCGGUGGUCUGCGCACUACCAGUGCAUCCCAGGUCCCCGGAUAUAACGCACAGCGUGGCGCCUACGCCACUCCCUCACCCACGCCGGCCCAGUCGCAGUCGCAGUCUCUGUAUGGGGCUGGCGCCAUCAUACGUCCGGCUAGUGUCUCCGGCACAGUCGCUGCUACGGGUGCCAAUCGCUUAGCGCCGGCCACAGCCGCUGCCGGACUGGCAGCCACUGCUGCGGGCUUGCUGCCCGAUAACGCAGUCGGCAGCUUUGCCCAGCCCGUGGUGGCAGUCGGCAAUCGGGAGUAUCUGCCGCCAGCCGGCGCAGGCCAACGCCAGCAACGCAACCAAGUAUAAGCGUAAACGAAUCUUAGCAUCUGUACCCGGUAAAAUGGCAGUAGACCCGAUCUUAGACCCUAGGCUUAGCUUAAUUAGCAAUAACAUACUCACUCACACACACACACUUAGGAGCUCCUUACACAAUCUAUGUAUUUAAAACUAAAUUCAUAUGUAUUCCGAUUUUUACUAUAAAUGGCAUUACUCUCAAA